AAUUGCAUAGAAAUGAACUUUUGCAUGUGACUCUUAUUGAGUGGUGUUUUGCGUAUCGGCAUUGCAUCAAGGUUAUUUUUAUGACAAGGAUCAAGAUGGCGAUCGAUAUAUAAACACUUGCUCAUCAUAAAACAUUUACCAGUCUACAAGGGAUCAGUAAGCUUCAUUCAUGCGUGGAGAAAGGACUGAUUUAUUUUUCCACCCCCCACCACGUCCAGCCAUCGGGGCCUGAUUUGGCUACUGUAUUAUACAAAAAUAGGCCACUUGUGGUUCACUAAUCCAACAAAAGCCAACCACAACAAAACUCAACACAGUGGAAAGAGUUGUAAAGCUCCUGUCAGGAGGUGCGACAUACAAGGACACCUUUGAUCAGCAGCCAACCAUGCCUACGAUAAAAUAAGGUGGAAUUUAAUUGAAGCAUCCUGGAAGUGGAUUGUCCCCCAGUGCGGGAUUUUGACUUCGUGAAUUCCUCUACUCCACUCGAUCUAUACGUAAACUGCGAUGGAAGUUCGUGUACCAGCCACAACUUUCAGUCGAUGUCCAAUACAAUAAUGAAACGAACAUCAGAUCCUGAAAUAAACAACGAGUUCAACCUGGAAUUUGUUUCUAUCCAAACUCAGCAGCCAUAUAAUUAUGAUGAGUUGGCCAUGAAGUUUUGUUCGAAGUCGAAAAGGACCAGGAUCCAAGAUGGGAGUUCAACGGUGCUUUCCCUAAUUCAACUGGCAGCAGAGGGGCAUUGAGUCGUAUUUCCUUUUUAUACUGGACUCCAAACGUGUAUCCCUAUUAUGAGCAUUCGUCAUGAUCUUUGAUGUUGUUUACUCGCAUCGCAGAAUUUCUGAAUACACAACAAAGUGGUGAGGGCAACAAUGUAUGAAACAAUGAAAUGGACAUACACAAAAAGUCAUAAUUCUUGGAAAUAAUUAUUCAAUGUGAAAUAAAGUGAACCUUCAUUAAGAGAAAGUAACAUUCAACUGCCAAUUGGAAACGGGAAAUUCCGAAGAACGGCGUGAAGCAGGGUGCCAAGGAACUGUAUUUUUGUGGCUGCCUGACGGUGGCCAGUUGAUAUAUUUUUACAUGAACUUUGAUUGGCAAAGAUGAACAGCUCUGACCCGCUCACCAAGGACCGUGGUCUCGUGUCAAGUCAUGGGGAACACGAAACAUCACUGAAGCUGCACCGGAGGAACUCCAUCCAGAGGGAGCGUCUUGAUCAGGAGCUAAGACGUCUCGACAAGGAGCAGGAGAAGUGCAUUCGAAGAUCUCACAUCGAGAUCUGCUCUCUCUCAAGAGACAAGAAGAACCUCGUGAGUGACCUCGGCAGGCUCUCCUUCUCAGAGAUUGAGACAAAUGAAGACGCCAACGGAGAUACUAUAACUGAUGAGGCAUUGCAGCCGACUGGCGAGCGCAAAAGGAAAUUUAGCUUCCCUCCGGCUAUGCCUGCAGACGCAAUCGCCAGACGCAUCUCACUGCCUGCUCUCUUCCCAGACGGGAGCAGCAGCAUAGUCAAGAAAGACCUGUUCUUAGACAAACGGAUGACCCGUGAGAUGAACAGACUCAAGAAAGCAUCAAUGCGCUCUGGAAAAGAUAAUAGCAACGAUUUGGAUUCCAGCAGGAAAGGCAAACCACGUAUUCCGGCUAAUGCUUGGUACCAUGACAACCAACAGGUCGCAAAAGCGCGGGAAAGAUCUGUGUUUGAUCGUCUGUCGUCCGAAAGUGGCAUGAACUCAAAACCGUGCGGGGAGUUCUUAAAAAGUGUAAGAAAACGAAGGACCUUUAACGUACCACUUUCGCCAAAAUCAUCAAGGAAAUCUGAACAUAAAUAAAACUUGGUUUGGACAGUAAGAGGUGCAAAGUUGAUUGCAGUGAAUGCAUACCAUGAAAUGUAAAUAUUAGUGUAAGAUAGGCAAGUGCAUUCAUUUAAUGUGAAAUUAUUCAAUCUGGGUUGUACAAAGACAAACUUACCAGAGCAACAGGAUUUGAACUCGCAACCUCCAGAAUAUUAUGUGCCGGUGUCGUAUGCAAUGACCUCUAUCCUAUGCAAUACUAAAACAUUGUGAGAAACGGCUCCCUCUGAAAAACAUGGUUUUCGAGAAAGAAGUAAUUUUCCAUGAAUUUG